CAAUUUUUUUUAAUUUGAAAUUUAUAGGGAAUCGUCUAAACAAAAACAAAAAACAAAAUGAAUUUUUUUUUACUUUUUGUGGUAAUAAUGUCUAUAAAAGUAAGAUUAAGUUAUGCUUACUUUUUAAAGUGCUCCCAUAGUCGUUAUUUUCUAAACUUUUUUAACCAUAAUGAAAGAUUUUUGUUAGAAUUCGAAAAAAAUAAAGAUUAUAUCACAAUUAAAAAUCUUAUGAACUAUGGCAAGGCACUACAAACACACAGUGAAGUAAUUAUGAUAUUUUUGGAUGAUUUGAUGAACAAUAAGAAAUCUAUAAUUCCUCUUGCGUUGAUCACGUUAAAUAUGUACUUAAAUAACGUUUCUGGCUCUUUAAAUAUGAUCUCACUAACCGAAGAUGGUGAAAAAAAUGAUGCUACAAAAUUAUUAGAAGGCUAUAAAAUUAUUCAUGUCGCAGUUAAAAAUCAAUUAAAAAAUUUCAUUAUUAAUAAUUGUGAAAAUAUACCAUUUAUUGAUUACAUGGUUAGUUGCAAUCCUCCAAUCAGAAGACAUGAAUAUACUACAACUAAUCUAAUAAAUAUAAAUAAUCAUUUCAAAGAUAACAUAUUAAAGAAGUUUUAUUUAUCAGUAGAAAGAAAUUCAUACGAAAAUUUUCAUCCGAAAAAUUUUUUGUUUUACGAAAUAAUGACCCAACAGAUUAUCAGCAACAAAAAUAAUAUUAUAAAAAUAGAUAAUAGUAAACACAUACAAUUAAAUUUACUUCGAUUCACUCCACUAGACGUUCAAUGUUCUGACGGUACUCGAUUAACUAUACAAGAUAUAUUUGAGUAUAUGAAAUAUAAUUUUAAUUCUAAGGAUGUUUUAGAAUAUAUAAACAUGGUAAUUUUGGCUACGUUUCAACCAAUAGCUAUUCUUAUACGAAACUUUUUAACCUUAAUUAUAGUUGCAUCAUCAAAGAAUUCAGAUAGUGUACCAAAAAGUUUCAAAUCGACAUUAAUUAAAACGGGUCGAAUAAUAUUAAAUUAUAUAAGAGAAUUCAUUACUUAUGGCUUGUUCAAUGAGCAACGGACAAAAUUUCUGUUAAAAAUCAUUAAUGAACUUGUUUAUAGCUUAAACAAUUAUACUAGAAAUACAGAGUUGUCUAAUGUGAAUAUAAGAUUCAGUAAUAUAUUAAUUAAAUUACUUACCAAUUUUUUUAUCAAAAACAAAUUUUAUUUUACAUCUUAUAUUGUUCUAAGAAAUGAAAAUAUUAAUGAAAAUAAUGCUAAUGAAAUUCAAGAUCAAUUAAAAAAAAUCAUGCAAAAUGUUGAUACAUAUAUGAAAGAUUUGAAAAAAUGGAAUAGUUAUAUUAAAUUAAUAAUAAAAAUUUGUAGAAUUCCAAAUUUCAAAGUUUCAACUUAUAAUCAUUUAAUUGAUUUCAAAGUUUCAAAUCUUAUUUGUGAUACUGAAACACAUUUUGAAAUAUACAAUGCUAGUAGGAAUGAUUGCAAUAAUAUUGAUAUAGGAUUUUUUAAGAAAGAUUAUAUUACAGAAUAUAAUUUAGAGAUGUUACAAGAUGAUCCUGAUAAAAAUGACACCCUUAAAAAUCAAACUGUCAUACCGCUUUAUAUGAUCGAUUAUUUGCCAUACAACAUGUAAAGUGAUAUAAUACUGAAUAUUGUAUAAUGUGUUAAUUAUUUUCAAAACAUUAAUUUUUUCAAAUUUAGUAUACAGAGUGAUUUUUUUAACAAUA